AUGGCAGGCGACAUUCUUCAUCCACUGGCCCUAAGAAAGCUCACUCAGGGCCCUUCCAUAGCAAAUCAGAAUUGUCAGCUCUGGAAGAGGCGUCAGCAAUGGCUGAGACCGAUGGGUUCAUUUGGAGACAGGCGGGGUGCUGCGUCCCCUGACCCUGGCCUAGGGCUCUUCUCCACGCACUGUCCAAGGAGGCCGCUCUACACUCCAGUCCCCCGGAACCAGGACACCUCUCGGGCCUCAAGCCAGACGCUGAGAUCAGGUGUGCAAACCACACCAUGCUCAGAGGCGACGAGAGUGAGCGAAGAAGUGACUGGAGGAAGAAAGGCAGAGGCUUGGCGCCUAGCACCUGCAGAUACGCUCCCAAAGCUGAAGAAAGCUGUGAAGAAUGAACCCAGAGGGAAAGAAAACACCAUGAGUUUGUCUCUGGAGAGACUUGACCAAGAUUCUUUGAGAACUGAAUUAUAG